AUGGACCCCCUCCCAGACUACUCUCUGUUCCUGGUCCGGAUCCUGGAAGAGCUGGACACCAAGCACAGCACCAUGUCCUACCAGGACCUGUGCAAGUCGCUGUGUGCCCGCUUUGACCUGGUGCACCUGACAAAGCUCCGCAGCCUGCUCUUCUAUACAGCAUGCCUGGACCCCGCCUUCCCCGCCACACUCUUCAGGGACAAGAUGCGUUGCUCCAUGGAUGACCCGCAGUCCAAGAAGCUGAUGGUGGCGGCGGACAUUGUCACUAUGUUCAACCUGAUCCAGAUGAACGGGGGUCUGGCCAAAGACAAGAUCCCAGCUGUGCACCGAGCCAAGAUCCACAAGAACCAGUCUCUAGAGCUGUGCCGGCCUGAGCAGGACGCCUUUAAGUUUCAGGACUGUGACAGGGGGGCCAGUUAUGAUCACACAGACCCCCGAGAGGGGCACCAUCGACACCACCACCCCCACUGCCCCCAGCAGCGCCCCGGGACCCAGAGUGCCUCUCCUUGCUCAAAACCGUCCAGCAGCCACCAGCAGUUUGUACGCUCCUCGAACCCAAACUUCCUGCUGGGUGUCAGCAGGGCUGCCUCAUUGGACAAGCUGCAGCACCUGCCCCAGUACUCCAGCGGUAGCCCCCCCUCGCCCCCCUGUGAGAUGCAGAGCACCUACUUCCCCAUGGAUGUAGACAGCGAGUCCAACAUGGACCAGGAGUCCCUGCCGCCAUUCUCCCUCCACCCCUGUGUGCAGAAGAGAAAUGUUUUUAAAGAGGGCUUCCACAACCAGCUGGCCUUCUCCCCACAGCUCAUCAAAGCUGAGUGCAAGCAGAGCGGUGAGGCAGCGUCUGCCUACCACCGGAAGGAGCUGCACAAGCCCGCCACCUUCUUCAACCACAGCUUCGAACUGCCCUAUAGUAACCCCUACUUUGAGCCCACGCUGAACUCCCCUCUUCAGGACAGGCAGCGGGUGAAGCACGAGAGCCUGGACGACCUGCAGGCCUCCACGUACUUUGGCCCGACGACGGUCUCCGAGAGCGUCAGCAACAGGAAGCACGGUCACAAAGCAGCGGGGAGGCAGCCAUCGUGGCCGGUGAAAAGUCUCAGUCUGAACGCGGAGGAGGGGCCGCCGGACUUUGAGAGGUCGUUCAUCAUGAACGGAAAACCUCUCAAAGAAAACCUCCAUCACAAUAUCAGCAUCAUCAGCACCGACGAGAAGCUUUUCCAGAGCCCGAAGGACAAGGUGGUCGCGUCUCCGUCUGGAUUUGCCAAGAAAACUAACGGAUUAAAAACCAAGGAUGUUGCUCUGAUGUCCAGCGGGCCCGCGGGUUUGGACAAAAGAGAAGUAGCUAAAAGGUUUCGAGACAAAAAUGUGAAGAGUCACUCCUUCCAGGGAGGGGACAGCUCGUCUAGCGUGGGGACUCAAACGGAGCUGGCCGAGCAGAAGAAGGUGAAGGAUUACAGGCCGGAGAGACAGGCCUUCAAACACUCCGACGAGGACUCGGAGCUCGUCAGUGAUGACAUCAGCGAUAUCUUUCGUUUUCUGGACGAUAUGAGCGUUUGUGACUCUCUGGGCGUCAUCCAGCCCUCGUGCUACAACAGCAACGGAUCUCUCUCUCAGGUCACGCUCAAGUCUGAGGGUGACAGCUCCCCCGAACGCAACACGGUCAAACUAGCCAAGUCCAAGCUGGACCGCCUCUUCAACUCGCUGGAAAACACGGAUGACGAGCUCAAAUCGAGCGUUUGCAAGCUCGUGAUGAGGAUCGGCGAGAUUGAGAAGAAGCUGGAGUCUCUGUCGGGUGUCCGCGGCGAGAUCUCCCAGGUGCUCUCCAAACUCAACAGGCUGGACGAGAAGAUCCAGGAGCCGGAGGCCAAUGGGAGGCAUGCCGAUUCGGCCUCUGCGUCUGGAUCCGCUGCCGACCAGAACAAGCUGCAGCCUCUACCGCAUCCAAACGCCAACCUGUCCCCGCACGUUUUCCAGUGCCACACCACGGGACAUGAUGGCAAAAUGGACAGCGGCCCCCCGGGGGAGCGGUGCUGCUCUGACGGGAGUAACAACGACAGCCUGAGGACAAAAGCUCUGAAGAAGAGCAUGUUCACCAGGAGGUCGUCCCGCUCGCUCAACGAGGAGAGCGGCGCCACCGAGUCGAAGAUCGCCAGCAUUACCAACUCUCCUCGGGAUUGGAGGACAGUAUCAUACUCCUGCCAUCCUGAAGACGAGGGCAACGACAUGGACAGAGACAGAGACGGCAAGGACAGACACAGGAAGGCCAAAGAGGCAGAGCGAGAGCGUCAGUACGAGCUCCCCCAGGCCCACCGCCCCCCUAAACCCCCGAAGGACCCCUACCUGGUCGAGCAGGUUUUCUCUCCUCACCCCUUCCCCCCCUCCGUUAAAGCCCACGUCAAAGGUAGCCCCCUGUACACGGACCUGAGGCUCACCAGCGUGUCGGACGGGAAGCGUGGUCAGCCGUCCUGGACCUUGGAGGAGUACAAACGCAGCUCAGGAGAGAAGGGGAAGCAGCUCACCGCUCUGGACCUGCAGACCCAGGAGUCCCUGAACCCCAACAACCUGGAGUACUGGAUGGAGGACGUUUACACGCCGGGCUUUGAUUCGCUGCUGAAGAGGAAGGAGGCGGAGUUUAGGAGGGCGAAGGCGUGCAAGAUCGGUGCGCUGAUCGCAGCCGCUACCUGCACGGUGAUCCUGGUCAUCGUGGUUCCAAUCUGCACCAUGAAAACAUGAGAGGAUGGAAUUAUUAACCCCGUGUGUGCUGUGGCCGAGUGUGCAGAACACUGGUGGGACUUUAUCUGAACCAGAAUUUUCACUUCAGGUGGUCUUUCUGCCAACAUAUUAGAACCGCUAUUGUACAAUAAAAUCAGCAAGUGCAUACUAUAUAAACUGUACAUAGAGGUUUAACAUUAGUAGUUAAUUGCAUUGUUAUAAACUGGGAGCCCAUUGAUUGGACGGUCUGUCUUUAACACCUCCAGCAGAUGAACCAAACAGGAUUUAUCGUAUAGCCAGCGUAGGAUAUUUUUAUUUUUCGUAUGAUUACUGUACAGUGUAUUUUGAUCAAACUUAUUUUUGAUGAAUUUAUCUGCGCGAAUGUGAGAAUUUUAGCUUUAUUUUAUUAUCUUCCUUCAAUCACAGAAAGCGUUUGAGGAAAUGAACUUUGUGCAACACAUUUUUCUAAUUAGACACACAGUAUAAAGAAGUAGUUGAAGUAAUUACAGAUGUACUUGUACAUAGGCUG